GUAUGCGUUGAGCGCUACUCGUCGCGCACAUAAUAUUGUUAUUAUUAUUAUUAUUGUUGUUGUUGUUGUUGUUGUGGCGCGGCUGUUGAUAAAACCGAGUGAAAAAAUUGGAAAAGAAACGACCCGAAGAAAUCCCUCGGUUUCGUAAUAACCAUUAUAAUUAUUAUUAGUGUCGCUACCGGAGUACCCCCGACGACCGUGUAAUCGGGUAGAGCUGUGUGUGCGUUCCCGACUUUCCGAGGCAUUUUACAUUCGUUUCCUGGACGCCGAGCGGUGCGCGCGCCAGUCGAAAAAACCGUGCGAUCACGCCGCACCGCCGACAGGUUUGAGGAGACACUUUUGUGUCGAACGAAAAUGGAUUCGUUGCGAGAGCAGGUGAUGAUCAACCAAUUCGUGCUGGCCGCCGGAUGCGCCAGAGACCAGGCCAAGCAGUUGCUGCAGGCCGCCCAUUGGCAGUUCGAGACUGCACUGAGCAUAUUUUUUCAAGAUUCUUCUGUAUCAAGUUGCAGUCAAAAUUCAGCACAGUUUGGAUUUGGACAAAUGACACCGUGUAAUACUCCUGCUACGCCACCCAAUUUCCCUGACACUCUGAUUGCCUUUUCACGUAUGACAACUUCAUCUGAAAAUUCAAAAUUGGGAUCAUCACCGAGUAUGUCUGUUUCUCCUCAAAAUAGGACCUCAUUAGAAAACAGUCAAUCCAAAAGGCACCCAUAUGCACGUUUAGCGCCAAACACAGUUUCAAACAAUACAUAGGGAACAAUCAUGUACAUUUGUUACUUUUAAUAUAAACUUAGCCAUAUUAUUGUUUUAGUGUCCACUAAUGACACAUGCUUUUUGUAACUUUUACUUUUUUUUUUUUGAUUUACUGUUUUUUUUUUGUUAGAAGUAUUUUCAUUAGACUAAGUAAUUUAUGAAACAUAUAAUAAAUACUCAAUUUAAAAUUAAGUUUAAUAUUUUGUAAUCAUAAUUCAAUUUCCAUCAAAAACCACUGCAAUAUUAUUGCAAGAUGCUUAACAUAAUAAUUAUAUUUGUUUUUGAUUAAAGAGAAAGAUCAAACUUGACAUUAUUUUUUCUAUUAUUAUAUAUAUUUUUUUUUAUAUGCAUAAAUAAUUUAUAUUAUAAUAGCUAAUAUCUUAUUUUUGUUUGUACAACUCAAAAUUUCAUUAUGACUGCGUACCGAGCAUAACAAAUAUGUUACACAGAAACAAUAAUAACAUGUUCCAACAGUGCAUAAUGUGAAACAUAACUGUUGUGGUAUAAUUACUAAACUUAUUAUAAUUUAAAAAAAAAUCAAAAAAUAAUUGUAAUAAAGUAAAUACAUUAUUUUGUUUGAAAA